AUGUUCUCGCCAUUGUCCUGUCGUCGACGGUGCCGUCAUUUAUUCGCGCGCACGGCAAGGUCGAGCAGCGCGUCGCUCAUCAUGGGCGCUCCCGCGGACGAGACGCCGACGACGUACCUCGCGGACUACGUCCCGUUCCCGUACGACGUCGAGAAGGUCCUCCUCGAGUUCGACCUCCGCGACGACGAAGCGAUCGUGAAGCAGAGCUCCACGCUCAAGCUCAAGGAUGGCGUCGCCAAGGAUGGCCCGACCGCGCUCGUCCUCGACGGCCGCGCGUCGUUCACGACGCUCCGCGCCAUCGCGAUCGACGGUAAAGUCCUGACCGAGGGCGUCGAGUACGUCCUGACCGCGAACGCGGAGGACACGAGGCUGACGAUCGCGGCGGAGGCGACGCCGUCGUCGUCGUCGUUCGCGCUCGUCGUCGAGACGUCGUUCGCGCCGCAGGACAACCUCGAGCUGAGCGGUCUGUACAAAUCCUCGGGCAACUUUUGCACGCAGUGCGAGGCGGAGGGCUUCCGAAUGAUCACGUACUACCCCGACCGACCGGACGUCAUGAGCGUCUUCACGACGAAGAUCACCGCGUCCAAGGCGUCGUGCCCGGUUUUACUGUCCAACGGGAACCUCGUGGAGAUUAUCGACGCGCCGCCCGCCGCGGACGGCGUCGACAGGCACCCCGCGUAUCUCUUCGCGCUCGUCGCCGGCGACCUCGCCGUCGUGGAGGACGUCUUCAAGACGAUGAGCGGGAAGGAUGUCACGCUGCGGAUAUACGCCGAGGCGAAGAACAUCGCGCGGUGCGACUUCGCGAUGGAGUCGCUGAAGCGAGCGAUGAAGUGGGACGAGGACGUGUUCGGGCUCGAGUACGACCUCGACCUGUUCAACAUCGUCGCCGUGGACGACUUCAACAUGGGCGCGAUGGAGAACAAGUCUCUGAACUUGUUCAACUCGCGGCUGGUGCUCGCGACGCCGGACAGCGCGACGGACGCGGCGUUCGGGAGGAUCGAGGGCGUCAUCGGACACGAGUACUUCCACAACUGGACCGGAAACAGGGUGACGUGCAGAGACUGGUUCCAGCUGUCUCUCAAAGAAGGGCUCACGGUGUUUCGCGACCAGGAAUUCUCCUCGGACAUGAUGUCGCGCGCGACGAAACGCAUCGGCGACGCGCGUUACUUACGCGACGCGCAGUUCGCGGAGGACGCGUCGCCGAUGGCGCACCCGGUGCGCCCGGCGUCGUACAUGAAGAUCGACAACUUCUACACGCUCACCGUGUACGAAAAAGGCGCCGAGGUGAUUCGCAUGUACCACACCCUGCUCGGGAAGGGCGGCUUCAGGAAGGGCAUGGACCUGUACUUUCAGCGGCACGACGGCCAGGCGGUGACGACGGACGACUUCUUCGCGGCGAUGUCCGACGCGAACGCCGGCGUCGACAUCUCGAGGUUGAAGCACUGGUACGCGCAAGCCGGGACCCCCACGCUGAAGUGCGCGCGGUCGUACGACGCGCAGAAGAAGACCUACGCGUUGACGUUCACGCAGAGCCUCCCGAGCACGCCGGACGACGGCGGCGACGCCGAAAGGAAGGUGGCGCAGCUGAUACCCAUCGCCCUCGGGCUCGUCGCCGCGGACGGCGCGAACCUCGACAUGACCAAGAUUUCUUGCGUCGUCGGCGACGAAUCAGGCGGCGCCGGAUCCUCCGCCGCGGUCCCCGACGGGUCCUCCGACGCGACGACGACGGUGCUGCGCCUGAACGCGAUGUCCGCGACGUUCACGUUCGCCGGGAAUUUCGACGCGGAGCCGACGCCGUCUAUCCUUCGCGGCUUCUCCGCGCCCGUGAAGCUCGAGGUGUUUCCGCCGCUUUCGAACGAAGAGCUGCUUCACGCGCUCGCGCACGACGGCGACGCGUUCACGCGCUGGGAAGCCGCGCAGACCAUCGCGCGCGAGAUCAUGUGCCGCGUCGUCGCCGACGUGGCGUCCAAGGAGUGGUCCGACCCGACCGUCGUCGACGCCGCGAUCGCGGCCGACGCCGCGUUCGCGCCGUUCGUCGCCGCGGCGAGAGGCGUGCUCGAGAGCGCCGUCGCGGACGACGGACGCGUCGACCGCGCGUGGGUCGAAGAGGCGCUGUCGUUCCCGGGCGUCGGCGCGCUCGUGCAGCGGCUCAAGCCGAUCGACCCGCUGCUCGUGCACGCGGUGGUGAAGGCGCGUUCUAUCUCACACUGGUCCCCAUACGACCCCGUCGGCGUGGGUCCCCCGCUUUCAAUCCCGACACACCUCGACGCCUUUCAACUUCAACUGACGCCUUUCAACUCCACCCCGACGUUCGCUCUAAACGCGGUGGUGAAGGCGUUCACGCUGCAGUACGCCAAGGGCGUGACGCGAGAGCUCGAGGCGUGCGUCGUGACGUGUAAGCUCGAGUCCAGGCACGAGCCGACGUACGAGGUGAACGAGACGCAGACGGCGCGACGCGCGCUGAACGCGUACGCGUUGCGUUUGCUCGGCGCGGCUUCGCACGGCGGCGCGGACGCGAUCGCGUUGGUCACGGCAUACAAGGAGGCGAAAAACAUGACGGACGUCGUCGCCGGUCUGUCCGCGCUGUCGAAGCACCCGGACGCCGCGACCGCGCGAUUCGCCGCGUUCGAGGACUUCCGCGAGAAGUGGAAGGACGACAACAACGUCGUGUGCACAUACUUGAGCCUGGUCGCGGGGAUCUCAGGGCCGGACGCGCUCGAGAGGGUGAAGAAGACGAUGGCGGAUCCGGCGGUGUUCUCGAUGAAGGUGCCGAAUAAGUUUUACGCGCUGAUCGGCGGGUUCGCGCGCGCGAACGUCGCGGGGUUCCACGCCGCGGACGGCAGCGGGUACGCGUUCCUCACGGAUUGUCUGCUGGAGAUGGACAAGAUGAACGCGAUCGCGGCGAGCAGGAUCGCGAAGCCCUUCACGGAGUGGCGUCUGUACGACGAGAAGCGCCAGCGGAUGAUGAGGAAUCAACUCCAGAGGAUCUUGGACGCGAAGCCGUCGCCGAACCUGUUCGAGAUAUGCACGAAGAGUCUCGCGUGAUGAGAUGAGAGCGCGCGGAGGCGCCGCGGAGGGCGGGCGGGCGGGCGGGCGCGUAUCGACGACGAAAAGAAAAAGCAUUCAUUCUUCCCACUCCGUCCAGCACCUCUCUCUGAUGAAACGAAAAUACGACGCGUC